AUGGCAUUAUUGCAAGUUGGCCUCCUUGGGUGCUCUCCUACGACUCCAACAGUUGUGAUCACUCUACAAUGUCUCGAACUUUACCAUCAGCUUCGACGUCGACAGUCGUCAUUCAGUAUCCAGGCCUUCAUGAAAGUAUUAUGUGCAUUACACAACGUCACAUAUAUCAAAUCAUUCCGUGAACAAUUUGCAAUUGCUUUUGAUGUCUAUCUUGCUAUCAUUCGCGAGGUUCAAUCACGCAUUGAUGUGGCGCUCAGCCGAUCUGACCCUGACUGGCGGCUUCGCAACAGCUGCCCUGCAUGUACCUUCAAGCAACCUGACGAAGUUGCCUUAUUUCCCGCAUCUCUCAGGGCUAUGGACGGCAACAAUUCUGCGAAACGAAUGGACAAUGUAGGCUUCACUGACCGCCGAAUUUAUCCAAGUAGGUAUAUGAUCGUGUCUUCUGACGUGGAUAGAUUUAAAGAUGACGUAUGCUUACGUCCUGGUGAACGGAGUGCUGCCAAUCAGCCCGACCAACUGAACAAUUCUCUUACUUGCACAGAUAAUUGGCAAGCAGCAAAUUCUGCGUCUGGGAGCGAGAACACCGUCCGCGUAUUCGAGCAGACGGGAAUAUUUUUAUCUGCAUGUCGCCAUGGAAUUAUUCAGACUCUUACAGAAAUGAGGCGCAGUGGAGAGCUGGCAAAGUACCCACUGGCAACAAUUAAUAAACUAAUUGAUGUGUUUGGCGACCACCUUGGCAUUGGUAGCGACAUCGGAUGUAGUCUCAGGAAAACGGUUGCUGCAAGCUCGAUUCGAGAGAAAGCUGCUGAUCAUCAUCUUAUCCUUGCCGUCAAUGCAUUUCAUGGCCACGCGCACAAUCGCAAGUGCCAGCUGCAACAUCACCCUCUUUACCUUCAUGGAUUUGGGCUUGAGGACUUGGAAACAUGCGAGCGUGUGUUCGCAGCCUCUAACGCUGCAGCGCCACUUAUACGUCAUGCUUCGCAUUUCCAUUACGUUCAGUUCCUGGAGCUUCAUUUCGACCAGUGGGAUAUCGAUAAGUACCUUGAACUUAGUAAGUGCGCCACUUAG